CCGAAACAUGUUUACAAUGUUUAGGCCGAACUAAAGUUCAUCUCGAAUUCUCUACAACAAACGCGAAGCGGUGUCAAAUAAUAUAAAUAUCGAGCCGUUUCAAGCUCGAGUAUUAGAACACCGACUAGAAGCUGCUAUUAAACGUUACAGGACUACUCAUUGACUCAACCUGAAAAUGUUUGCCAUCCACCCACGACUGUGUGAUGAAAACAACUUACUCCGACUAGUAGAUGACCUAGUUCAUCCUUGGGACGUUUACAGAUCGCCUGUGCUUUGUAACGCAGAUAGAACACACUCUAACAACAGUGGCCGUCUGGGGGAUUCAGAGAUACAAAACACUGACAAAGAAUUCAGGAUUCGCUUAGAUCUCCGCCAUUACAGUCCUGAAGAAGUUAAGAUUACCUCAGACAACAAAAAGAUCACAAUCAAAGCAAAGCAUGAGGAGAAGCAGGAUAAACAUGGUUUUGUGUCUAGGGAAAUGAUCAGGACAUAUGCACUGCCAGAUAAUGUGGAUGCAACAUCUGUAACAUCAACAAUGAACUCACAAGGAACUCUUCUUAUUAAAGCUUCAAAGAAAGCAAUUGAACCUCCUAAAGAAAUUGCUAUCCCAGUGGAGUUUAAAGGCUAAAGAACUGUUUAACAUACAUUAAAGUUUGAUAUAUGUGGUUUAAGUUACCUAACAUUUACUUGAGUUGUUAAUGCACAAUUUAAAUAUCAUUUGUUUUCUAUGUAAAAUACAUGUUCAAAGCAUGAAUGUGUAUUGAAUAGAUGUUUUUUGAUUUAAAAUUUAGCACUUGAAU